AUGUCAACUAACAAAAGAAACACGAGAAAGUUAAGAGGACAUGUCUCGCAUGGACACGGAAGAGUAGGAAAGCAUAGAAAACAUCCAGGAGGUAGAGGAAAGGCUGGAGGUCUGACACACCACAGAACUCUUUUCCAGAAAUACCACCCAGACUACUUCGGUAAGAGGGGAAUGAAGGUGUACUUCAGAAGAUACAACACAACGUAUUCGCCAUACAUUGAAGUAGAAAACAUCUGGAGCCUGGUUGACAAGUGCGGCCAGUACGACCAGUUUGCAAACGAUCCCAGCCAGGUCCCAGUCGUCAACCUCUCAGACUUCGGGAUUUUCAAGGUAACUGGAAAGGGCGCAGCCCCGAUUCGCCCUAUUGUCGUGAAGGCAAGAAGAUUCACCCCAGAGGCAGAGUCUAAAAUAGUUGCAGCAGGAGGACAGUGCAUAUUAACAGUCUAA